GUCACAGACAGACAGAGAGACAGAGAGAGAGAGAGAAAGACACGCAGGGAGGGCAGGGCAGAGCAACAGGCAGUAGUGCUGUGCAGUGCAGUAGUGUUGUGCUCCACUGCCGGCAACUUCUCUCUCCCUGCUCCUGCUCCUGCUCCUGCUGCUGGAGCUGAGCUGUGGGCUGUGUGUCUGUGUGUGCGGUGCCGGGAUUGCUACUACGACUACUACUACCACUUGUGAAAAGUCUCGCCAGCAUGGGAACUAAGCCGUGGGGAAGCAGCGUCCAGACGCAAGACACACACACACACAUUCACACACACACACAAACACACACACACACUUGGAUGUCUGGCACCAGACGGGACUCUCAGGCACUGGACGAGGAGCAGUAACAAUGACCAUGGGAAGAAAACAAGCCUGAGGAACUACUGCUCCGGAGCUAUUUUUUCUUCUCUUCUUUCUGUUGUUUAUUUAUGGGACACACACAUGCCGAUACACUCAGAUACACAUAACGUGCGCUAAAAAAGGAUUGGGAAUACCCGCAGAUUGGAGAAUGACAACUGGAUGACUGGCAAACCAACAGCCUGCAAAGAUGAACCCCUCGUCGCUGGACUGGUCCAUUCAGAGCGCUCUGUCGUCUCUGUUCCCCCCGUUCGAGGCCACCGCCCCCACGGUGCUCAGCCAGCUCUUCCGCACCAUCGAGGAGCGUUACCACGGAGACGCGCUGCACUGCCUGCUGGACUUCCUCAUCCCGGCCAAGCACAUCCUCGAGAGCGUGCAGCAGGCCGCCUGCGCUGCCUAUUCGGAUGUGGUGUUCCGGUGUGAGGGUUGGCCCCUGUGCCUACGUGACCGCGUAGUGAUCCAGCUCGCACCCAUCAACCCACUGCUACUCCGUCCAGGUGACUUCUACCUGCAGGUGGAGCCGUUUGGGGAGCAGGCUGCCCGCAUCAUCCUCAAGAGCCUCCUGGUCCAGGAGGAGGGGCUGGUGGAUCAGCAGCAGGCAGGGGGCUUCGGAUCGCGGCUAUCCCUUGAGAGUGGUGUCGGACUCGGGGUGGAGGAGACCCCCAUCCCAGAGACCUCCUACCCGUGCAUAUUCACCCAGGCCUGGCUGGAGGAGGUUAACGAGGGCCGCCAUGGCGCAUCGCUCCGCACCUGUGUGCUCUCCUCUGACCAGGGUGUGGUGAAGGUGCCCUGGAGCGAGAUCGUCAACCCCGAGUUCCUCGACCGACCCAAGAGCAGGAUCCACAGUGCCGCGUUCAUGACGGACGCCAUGUUGGCGCAGGGCGUUUUCCCGCCUCCUUCUCCUUCGUCGUCAGCGACUUUGCCGUUGCCGACGGCGGGAGCAGCCCAGUCCCAGUCGUCCGUCCAAAGCGACCUCUCGUCCCUCACCAUGGAGACCGUGAUUCUUCCGGCCAAAGACGGGAUUGCCGUCUCUCUGCGCCUCACCGGGGGGAACCCCAAACUGGUCAAAGCGGACCAACACCACCACCUCCACCACCACCACCACCAGGGCCGCAGCAACCCGUCCGGCAAGCCUGUGGGCUGGGUGGCUCCCAACACCUGGGAUACCCGGCACACCCGGGAGAUGGAGGGGGAGUACGUUGACCUGGUGGAGUUCAACAAGGAGAAGGAAGCCCUGGCCCUGGCUGCACUCAGUAAGCUACCGCUGCCACCACCAGCACCAGCGCCACCACCCGUCACCCCCAGACCUUCCCAAAAGGGGGUCAGGCCUGUUAGACCUGCCCCUCCUGCUCCUGCUCCUGCUCCCGCCCCGAAACGGGACAACAACCACACAACAACCCCCGCCGUGCAAGUGCAAGCAGGCUGCUCCCCAAAUCUUCCUGCAGAGCUGCUGAGCUCCCCUUACAGCAAUAAGGGGCCAAUACCUCUCACCCUUGAGCUGGAGGCCAAGAACAGGCACCGGGAGUCCUACCUGGCCGCUCUCAUGAACCCCGUGACCUUUGAAGGCACCCUAGCACCACUGGAGGAGUCUGGGACGGAUGCGGAGGAACUUGGGGGUCUGGGGCCCGGAGGGCGUGAGGCCGCUUUGGGUCACGAACAGCCAACUCCGCAGCCAACCAGGCACCAUCACCAUCCGUCGUCGCCGCCGCUCGUCUCUCUGAGCGAGAGAGAGGGAGGAGGUGGGUCUCCCCGUUUGCUCAGACACUUGGGCCCCGCGGGGCGGCCUUGUGUGAACGCGAACUGUGGGUGUCCCAACAAAUGCACCACUGGGACAUCCGCUGGUCAGGUCCAACAGGCGCUGCAGUACACACACCAGCACCAGCCAGCCUUGGGUGGCCAAAGUCAAGACGACCUUCAAAAGGGACACGGCGGCGGACACGGCCAGAAAUUCCCCAAAACCCAGAUGUUACACAAACUCGGGCAGCAGUGCAAGCCACACGCAAGCACGGGCGUUGGCCUGGGCACGGGUCUCGCCAGUCAGGGACAGUCACGGACUGAGCUGGAAGGCGCCCAUCCAAACAACCACCACAACCAACACCACCACCACAACCAGACGCCUCUGGUGGCCAAGGACCCGUGCCUGGCAAAACACCCCAGAGCGCCACUUCAAAGCCAGGCUCCGCAGCAGGCCCCGUGGCCACUGACCCCCUCCCCCACCAAGACCCCUCCACUGCGCCGCAUGGCUGUAACAACAGCAGGCCUGUGUCCCAAUGGCCCUGCCGCUGCUGUUGGUGUUGCCGGUGUUAGUGGUGGUGGGAAUGGGGGCAUUACGGCUAUUACGGGUGGCCUGGGAGCCAUGGCCCUUGCGGAGAUCCUGAGAGGAGGUGGUGGAGGAGGCGGCGGGGGGGCGAAGGGCAGGACUAAGCAGCACUCGCUGUCCUCCGUAUCGGACUCGGCCCAUGAGUGUCUGCAGGCCCAGGCUCAGGCUCAGGCCCAGGCCCAGAACCAGGGCAGGACACCGGGAGGCAGGAGCCUGAGCGACAUCUGCCCCGAGAUCAUCCCCAGUAUUCGGGUCAUCCAGAACAAGAAGACCACCGCCUUCGGGUUGGUCUCGCCCAAGCUGGACAGGAAGGCACAGUCUAAACAGGCUAAAAAAGAUCCCGGCACCCCACCAGCACCUGCCGGAGGUCUCGACCAUCUGCUCCAGACAUCAGGGGACCAGCAGCCAGCGGCAGCCCAGGGGAGGCAGCCUGUGCCUGGGCCUCGAGUGCCGGCGUGUCCCCUCUUCAAGCCCUACUCUCCAGACAGCAUCACUCUGCUGCCUCUGGCCAUCGCCUGCCUGCCAGGCAGUCGUGACCGUGCGGGGCGGGCGGUGUUGGAGGUGCAUGGAGAGAGGCGGGGCUGGACGUGUCCUCUGGUCACCUCAGUGGAGCUCUGCAAACUGCUGCUCUACCUGCACUCACUACCCAGGAAGGAGAUCCGCGACCUUGGUCUGACCUUGGUGGUCGAUGCCAGGAGGUCGCCCCCUCCUCCGGUCUUCUACAAGUCCCUGCUCAUGCUCCAGGAGCAGGCUCUGCAUGCGGUGCACGGUGUUGUGGUGCUGGUGGAUAAGGACGGCAACUCUAACUCUCGCCCCGAGAGACACACAGGACUACAGAUGGACGUGGUCACCUCCCUGAAGGCUCUCCAUAAGAUUGUUGAUGGACAGCAGCUGACCUCUGACCUGGGCGGGACUUUCCUGUACAACCACAGCGAUUGGCUGCAUUUCCACCAGAAAAUGGCUGUGUUCAUGACCGACCUUCAGGGUGCUUCCACUCUCCUCCAGAAGGCCAUCAAGAAACUCGACAGCGUCAGGAAGAUGGACACAGUAACGGAUGUGAAGGUGUGCAUUGAGGAGCAGCGGAGUUCCAUGAAAGAGGUCCUGGAGGACACGCGAUUGGUCACUUUACAGAGAGAGGGAGGAGCCAUACUUGCUCGGAUGAGGAAGGAGGAAUUUCGAUUCGCCCAGUCAGAGGACUACAGGGACAGCAUGGAGGCGAUGAGGAGCCUGUAUAACCAGGUGGAGGAGCGGGUGCACAUGCUCGUCAUGCGCUCCAACCAAUCACUGACGCACCUGGACCACCUGCUGCAGCUCCGCACCAUGGAGGACAACAUCACCACGAUCAGGGAGUGGUUCUCCUCGCAGGAGCAGAGUUGGAGGAGAGAGGAGAUGAUGAAGGAGGUGAACUCCAGUGAGGACACUCUGGAGCGGGUGGAGCAGAGGCUGGCGCACCUCACCUCCUUCCUUGGACAGGCCAAGGAGAGGAAGGCUCAGGCAGACGCGCUGGUGCGCGAGGCAGAGCGGAUCCAGAGGGCCUCGUUUCCUGAAGCCGACGUGUUUCGUGCCCUGGUGAACACGCUGCAGACCGACCUGGCGGAGAGCCUGUCACGCGCCCAGCAGUCCCACGCACAGCUGGAGACCACAGCUCGCCUCUACAGGUUCUGCGAACAGGCCGUGUCGCUGGCCAUGGAAGUGAGCCAGUACCUGGACCAGGCGGGCAGUGGCUGCUACCCGGGCCAGCAGCGGGGCAAUAGCGCCACCCUGAGGGCCUUCGAGGAACGCCUGCGCGCCGGGUUCUCCCCCGAGCGCUUCCAGCAGGCUAAAGAGGAGGCGCUGGCACUGGGCAGCCCGGCGGGCAUGAGGAGGUGGGGCACGGCCUGGGCGCGGUGCCAGGAUGUCAGCCAGAAGCUGCACAGGAGGCUGCAAACCGCCUCCUCCUCCUCCUUUUCUUCCUCUUCCUCCUCUUCUCCUCCCCUCUCUUCCCCUUCCUCUAAAGACAAUAGCCCAAAGCAAGUGGCCUCAAAAGGAGGUGAAAAGGGUGAUGGAGGUGAAAGAGGAGUGGAGAGGCCGGUGGGAGAGGGGGUGAUCACUAAUGCUGAUGGCACUAUUGACACCGCCAAUGCCACCGCUGCGUCUUUGACUCAGUGUCCAACUGCCACAGAGGAAAUGGUAGCGGCGUCAGAGGCUCCCACGCUGCAGUUCAAAGAGUCUGAUCGUAAAGGAGGUGGGGGAGGAGUGUCAGUGGGCGCUCCCGAGAGCAGGGACAGCCGAGCCAGGAGGCUCCAGGACGAGGAGGUGACCAUCACCUGCUUCAACCUGCACUUCAACAAAGCGGACGGCAAAGGGAAGAAAGCCAGCAAUGGAGGAUGUGGGAGUGGGAGUGGGAUGGCGCCCCUCUCCAUGUCCCCAAAACAUACAGUGGAAGACGGCAGUGACGUCAGCAGUUCUGUGCAACCACAGUCCCCCACGUCUACAAACGCUAGUGUCACCGAGAGCCAGGGCAGAGCCAGUCCACCAUUAUCUCCCCUGACCAGCCAAUCAGAGGCCGCUUCUCAGAGGUCGUCCCCGGCAACAGCUCCUUCCAGCCCCGCUAAGGCAUCGGCGGCACCCAGCUUCGCAUCCCUCCCGGAUGAAAUCGAGGGCAAAGUCUCGACACUGCCUCCACUAUCGCCACCACAACCACAACCACCACCACCACUCCAGCUGCCACCACCAGCCUCCUCAGGGGCGCAGACUCCUCACCUCCCCUGGGCUGCUGCUGCCGCUCUGGGCAAGGCGUCCAAAGCCAAGCCCUUGGCCAAGCCCAGCAGGUGGUGGAGAGGUGUGGGGCAGAGAGGGGGGGAGCAUCAUCGCUCCAGCCACAGCCAGAGCGAGGACGACCUGAGACGGAUGGACGAGCCGGCCCACCAUGACCACCAUCCACCGUCGUGUCACCGCGCCCUGGGUCGCUCGCACAGCGAGGGCUCGUGCGUGAGUCUGUGCGUGGGAGGCGGGAACACUGGGAGUGGAAGUGGCAUUGGGAGUGGAAGUGGGGCGCAGCGUGGAAGCAGCUUCUGCACGCGCCACACCGAUGCCACGUCCGCCCGCGGCGUCUUCGGCAGUCGCAGCUCGACCGCCAGCACCAGCUCGUCCAUCCCCCCUCAACAACACCACCAAUACAGCCACCAUCCUUACCACCAACACCAUCACCACCCCCUGCUCCAUCUCAGCUCCUCCACCCCACACCACCUCGGCCACCCGGGCCAGUCCACACCCACCCCCUAUAGGCGCCGGGUCUCGGAGGACCACAGAGGAGGAGGAGGAGGAGUAGCGGGGUGGAUGGAGGAGCUCCAUUCCUCCUCCUCACGCCUGGAAGACCAAAAUGGCUCGGCGUCCGUGGGCCCGAGCAUAGACCCAGCAGCAGCAGCAGCAGCAGCCAUGGCCUGCGGGCUGGAGACCCCUAAGCUGGGCAGGGCGGCUCAGUGCGAGGACACCGGUGCUGGGAAUGGCAGCAACAACCUGAAGCUUCAGCGCAUCAUGGAGGAGCUGCUGUUGACGGAGCGUGAGUACGUGCGGGCGCUGGGCUACGUGAUGGAGCACUACUUCCCCCAGCUGGAGCGGCCCGACGUGCCCCAGGACCUGCGGGGCCAGCGCGGAUCCAUCUUCGGCAACCUGGAGAAGCUCAGGGACUUCCACCAGCACCACUUCCUGCAGGAGCUGGAGCAGUGCCUCCGGGAACCCUUCCGCGUCGGGCACUGCUUCCUCAAACACAAGGACAGCUUCAGCCUCUAUGCGCUGUACAGCAAGAAUAAACCCCGGUCAGACAAUCUUCUCAAGCACCACGGCCACUUCUUCAAGCAGAAGCAGCUGGAGCUGGGAGAUAAGAUGGACCUGUCCUCCUAUCUGUUGAAGCCGGUGCAGCGCAUCAGCAAGUACAGCCUGCUGCUGCAGGACAUGGGCCGCGAGUGUGGCCCGGAGCCGUUGCCUGGCGCAGCAUCAGCAUCCGCAUCCCCCUCAGCAUCAGGACCAGCAGCAGCAGCAGCAGCAUCAUCAUCAGCAGCAGUAUUGGCCGCCAGGAGCCACCAGCGCUCUCAGAUCCAGGCGGCGCUAGAGGUCAUCCACUUCCAGCUGCGCCACGGCAACAAUCUCCUGGCCAUGGAUGACAUCCAAGACUGUGAUGUGAAUUUAAAGGAGCAAGGACAGCUGAUUCGUCAAGAUGAGUUCCUGGUCUCCUUCCGCAAGAAGAAAUGCUACCGACACAUCUUCCUCUUCCAGGACCUGAUCCUCUUCAGCAAGACCAAGAAGACUGAAGUCGGCAACGACGUCUACAUCUACAAGCAGUCCUUCAAGACGUCCGACAUAGGCAUGACCCAUAACUGUGGCGAGAGCGGCCUGUGCUACGAGAUCUGGUUCCGGAGGAGGAAGUCCCAGGACACCUACACGCUGCAGGCGGCCAGUGCGGAGGUGAAGAGGGGCUGGACCAGGGACCUGGAGAGGAUACUGUGGGAACAGGCCAUACACAACCGAGAGGUGCGUAUGCAGGAGAGGGUGUUUAUGGGUAUUGGCUACAAGCCCUUCAUGGACAUCCAGCCCAGUGAGGCAGCCAUCAGUGACAGAGCCAUCAACUGUGGCCCCGGCAGCAGAGAAUGCAAAGCGUCUGUGUCUGGUGUUCCCGGUUCCUCUCCGGGGCGCUUCCCAGCGCUACGGCCCAACUCGGUGAGGAGGACCUCAUCGUCUGGAAGCCACUCCUCUUCGUCCUCCUCCUCCUCCGGCAGAGGCUCCAUGUCCCCUGUCGGGGGGUACCUGUGUCCCAUCGGUGGCCCCCCAGCCAUGGGUCACGGCGGCCUGCCUCUGGCCCUCUCCCUGCCCCUCUCCACUCCGGGGGUCAUGGAGGAGGACGAUAUGGACCCAGAGCAAAGGAACCACCAUGUGCUGGUGGACAGCUCCGAGUCGUCGGGGGAGAGUGUGAGUGGCUUCAGCAGCUCUGGCCGCAGCUGCCUGUCGGUAAUCGGCGGCGAGGUGGAGGUGGAGGACGGCACCUCAGAGGGACCCUCAGAGGUGUCUCCCAAAACCCAGACGCCGGCGCCGACGCAAAGGGGCCCCCAGGAGCCGACAGAUGGGCCGCCCUCGUCGGUGGCGGCGGUGGCGCUUGCUCCGACUCAGACGCCGCUUGUCUCGCCUGCUCCUCUCGCCUCGCCGCUCCUCGUUGCCCCAACGCUGCUACCCCUCAACGCUACUGCUCCAGUGCUCACGCCGCCAUCGCUUGCCCAGACGCUGUCAUCUCCGCUUGCCCCCACGCCUGCUGCCAUAAGCCGCAUAAGGGAUCAUCCACUCAGCAAGGAUAACGUGGUGAACUUAACAGGGAAAUCCACUGAGGUGUAACUGCCAGAUGUAUUUCAGGUCAGAUUCCAAAGCCACAUUCCGCAUCCUAAGCAACCUGGCGUGACGUCUGGACUGAAGCCUUGGCAAUCUUCCGGUGAUAUGAAACCAGAGACGGACUGUUUUCUCAACGGAGGAAAAACAUUCUGCCACUGCCAGAUGUCAGAAAUCAAUUGGCCAAUCAGAACCUCCUGCCAACCAACCAUCCAACCAAUCACUGUCAUUUCUGUCUGUUUCACCAUGACGAUGAAGCCCUCAGCAAAGGAGACUGAUUUUACAGAAGUAUGUGCCUCAUGCCUUAUGCCUUAAGACUUUGCACUGAGCAAAGAAAACACACAAGAGCUUUCUUUUCUAAACAAGGACAUAUGCAGUACACAGAAAAAAACAUUUCCCAUGGUGCACCAGGAUACUGAACUCUGCUCACAUGGAUUGCAAGGAUUGGUGCAGAUUUGCUUAAAAUGUUGACUUUUGCAAACAAAAAAAUGAAUGAACUGUUAAUACUUUGAACUUCCUGUGGAUAUUUUAGUUGAAUUUAGCCUUGGACUGUCUCAUAGUACUGUAUGUACAUGUACUGUAUGUGAGUGCAUGUGUGUUUGGGUGUGUGCUUAUGUUAUGUGUGUACUGUGUACUGUGUACUGUGUAUGUGUUUGUUGGUUUUGCGGUGGAGUUUUUUUCCAGUAUUUUUUUUUAAUCAUAUCACAUUUUAUUUUACAUUCAGUGUCUGUCUAUGACAUUUUCAUCAUACCCUCACAC